AUGAUCCUCCUCGCCUUCUUUGUACUCCUCGGCACCUUUCCUGUGUAUGGAAAUACCAAUAUGCUAUCAGAUUCGAACCGCAACCCGUCGUGUAUCAAAACGAUCUAUCAUGCAUUCAACAUGAGGAUCAAUUCUCUUCAUGACAAGCUUGAUUCCCUGCGAAACACUGGAUAUGAUGCAAUUCAGCUGUCUCCCUUACAGAAGUCCAUUCAUAUGGCGAAUGCGGGAUUCGAAUGUGGGUCUGAGUGGUGGGCUCGAUACCAGCCUGUAAGCCAUGAGCACAUCGAGGGCCUUGGCAGUUUGGAAGAUCUUCAGCGACUGUGCAACAAUGCUCGGGAGAAAGGAAUGAUCGUCAUUGCCGAUGUAGUUUUCAACCAUAUGGCGGUUGUUGCGAGCAGAGAUGAGUGGCACAGGUCGGAGAAGGAUUCAAAACACCGUGAACAUCUCCUGAAGCGUCUAGAGGAGAGGUUUGCUCCGCUCACUCGUGCAGACUUUCACCCAUGGAAGGAUUGCAGCAGGGACCCUGAUUGGGACAACGAGAACAGGUUCGAGGGGUGGGGAGCAGGCGAGUGGUCGGAUUUGAAGCCAACAGAGAAGGUGUUGAGCAUCCACAAGAAGCACCUGGAUGUCCUCAUGUCUGCAGGAGUGCGGGGGUUCCGUUUUGAUGCUGCCAAGCACAUCAGGCCCUCUACUCUGAAGCUCUACGUGGAUCACAUCAGGUCGAAGCAAGCUGACUGCUUCAUCUACUUCGAAGUGCUCUCGGGCGAUCCCAACAUGCAUGCAGAGACCAUGAGCAUCGCCGAGUCCACGGAUUUCCUCCUGUGCUGGAGGCUGAGGGACAUCAUCCUUGGCCAGAACAGCAGGAUGUUGCACGACCUGCCCGAGCUCUCCCCCUACAGCGUACGCUUCGCCAGGAACCACGACACGAUCAUGAACCAGGAGAUGGCUCACUCCAUGGGCUACAGAAGGGACGAUCACAGGUGUAUCCUAGCAUGGGUUAUCAUCAUGGCGAUCGAUACAGGAACCGUUCUGGUCUUCCCCGAGGAUCACGACUUUCACCAUCAGGACAAGCAGCCAGUGAAGAAGGCCAUCGCGUUCCGCAAAGAGAUGUACCUUCGGCAGGCACCUCCGCAUCGGCUGCACUUCUUCAACGCGACAGACACCCCGCCUGCGGAUGAAAAACAUGCUCCUCCCUGCCAGAGUGCUACGGCGGAGCAAGAGGAAUUGAUGAAGGACUGCGCAGAGCUGGAGAGUUUUGCUGCUCAAGCACAGCGACAGCGCGUCAAGAGGAUUAUGCUGGAUCAUGUCAGCUCCAUGCGAGCACAUUUGCAGCAUGAAGACAGCAAGAGGCUACACAAGAGAAAGCAUCAUUCCAUCAACGAUUGCCGCGUACAUGACCAAGUUGUUGCCAUGACGAGGGGCGAACAUGGCUUCAUCCUGAUGAACAUGUCAAAGAAAUGGGCCGAGCUGAAGAGCAUGGCGUUUGAGGGCUCUGAGCUCGUCGGACAUUACAAGGAGCAAGUUUUCGGCUUCGGCAUAGAGAUUGAUGAAGCGCAUGCUGUAUCGUCAUGGGCAGGAACGCGAGGAGGCAGCAUCAAGAUUGGCCCGCAGACAGCACUGAUCUUCAUCAAGCAGAAGUAG